AUGUCCAACUUUCCCCACAGCGCCGCCAUCGCUACAUCCCUCUCUACCUCUCCCUACGCCGUCCAGUCCAGUCUCGAAACCCUCAUCAACCGUUCACGCACCCACCCCCACCCCCACCGCGUCUCUGGGGGCGACCUCGAGCCUCCUUCCCCCACUGCCCUCACCCACGACCACGAAGAAGCCGCCUCUGCCACCCCCGCCCGGCGCCGGCCUUCAAACACCAGCCACGCCCCACGCGUAGGUACCAUUCAGGAGGCCUCGUACGAGGACGCGCUCAUCUUCCAAGACGACGAUGAUCUUAAUGACGAGCAAUCAAAGCUCCUGCCGCAAGGCUGGAAGACACGCCGCGGGUCACGUCAAAGCCGCAGGUCAUAUGGUGCCACGAGCGCUCCACUGGGCGCAUUCACAGACUCUACCAGGCGACACCGAUCUAUGGACAACUUUAGCGUCGGCACCAGUCGCUCUCGAUCCAAAGCACAAACGCCCCCUCGCCAGCAUGUUGAAUACUUGCGCAAAGAAGGCGAAAGCUCUUCCGAUGACGACUCGAGCUCCCCCCGUCGAGGCCGCACACACAGCUCGCGUCCCCUCUCUCGGACCUCAUUCUCUUCUCGCCGAUACAGCACCGCGAUCAGGCUCGGGAACGAAUCUUCUGCCGACGAAGGCGGCGAUCUGGCCAGGGGGUUGCUGGCGACCGGUGGACAUGCAGUGUUUGCCGGCAGCGGUAGGGUGGGCGAGCUCACCACAAUGGAUCUUGAUCCUGUGACGGAGUUGGAUGCAGUAGACCUCGAAGUUCCUGUCGAUGAAGAUGGCAAAGAAGUCCGAGAAUGGCAGGCGGCUAUCAAGGCUGAAUUCCCAGUCAUCUUGCGUCUUGCCCUGCCCGUAUUCUUUACCCAGAUGGCCGAGUGGUCUUUGGUUCUUGCUUCCGUCAUUUCCAUCGGUCAUCUGGGUACCGCUGACUUGGCCGCUUCUUCUCUUGCUUCCAUGACUGCUUCCGUGUCGUGCUUCUCUAUCCUGCAGGGUUUGGCCACUGCCCUGGACACCCUCUUGCCAGCGGCCUGGACCUCUUCAGACCCGUCUCGGGUCGGUCUGUGGACUCAGAGGAUGUUUGUCGUCAUGGGUUUCGCCAUGAUUCCCAUGUAUGUCCUCUGGUGGAACAUUACGCCCAUUCUCAUCCAGCUCGGUCAAGAGCCCGAUGUUGCUCAACUCGCAGGAACUUAUCUGCGAUGGCUGUCUAUUGGUAUCCCCGGGUAUGGCGGGAAUAUGCUCGUCAAAAAGUAUUUGCAGGCGCAAAACUUGAUGCAUGUUCCCACAUACACCUUGUUCAUUGUCGCCCCGCUCAACUUGUUCCUCAACUGGCUUCUUGUCUGGGGUCCCGAGCCCGUCCGACUUGGUUUCGCUGGUGGCGCUCUGUCCACUGCUCUGGCCUACAACUCUGCUUUCCUCAUAUCCCUUCUCUGGGUCAUCUUUUACGGCCCUCGCGAAGCCUUCCACCCCAUUCGCUUCAAGUAUGCCUUCUCCAAGCUUGGUACGUGCACCUCGCUCGGUCUUGCAGGCACCAUCAUGCUCUCUUCCGAGUGGUGGGCUUGGGAAGCGUGUGCUUUGGCUGCAUCUAUCCUUGGGCCCGUGACCUUGGCGGCGCAAUCAGUAUUGUUGUCGACUGCUUCCACCUUCUUCCAAGUCCCGGCCUCCCUUGGUAUCGCAUCUGCCGUUAGAGUCGGGAAUCUUUUGGGUGCUGGCAGAGCUUGGGAAGCCAAGUGGGCCAGUCGAGCUUGUUUGAUCUUGAGCAAGUCUCUCGUGCCGGUCUUUGAAGUGUUAUUGACCCUGUAUAGCUCUCUUUGUAUCAUCUUUAGGAAAAAUUGGGGGUACAUGUUUAACAAUGACCCCGAGGUCGUCGAGCUUGUAGCCUCCAUCAUGCCCUACAUUGCUCUCUUCCAAAUCGCCGACGGCGUAGCCGCCACGGCAGGUUCCGUUCUCCGUUCCCUCGGCCUCCACGCUACCGGUGCUCUGAUCAACCUCACUUCCUACUACAUCAUCGGUCUUCCCUUUGGUCUUUGGCUCGCAUUCACGCCCACUCUCGAGCUGGGUCUGAUUGGCCUCUGGGUCGGCCUCAGCGUGGCCUUGAUGUAUGCCAGUCUGCUCAGUGCGCUAUUGGUGUGGAGAGCGAACUGGCCGAGGGCGGUGGAGAGAGUGAGGGAGCGGCUCGGGUUGGAAACGCAUGGCCAAGUUGGAGCCGAUGGCAAGUGGGAUAGGACGGAGGAGCAUGAGGAAGUCGGGGAAGGGACUAGGUUGUUGGAGUGA